AUGGACAGAGCCAAGCAAGCCGUUUCUAGCUUCAUCUCCAAGGACGGUCACCACAAGACCAGUGUCGAUGAAGAUGUCAACAGAGCUGUUACCGAGGAGCAAAUCCGUCCCCAUCGCCACGAGGAAGUUACCACAGCUGUCGACAAGGAGGUUCACCAAGAUCACCACCAUACUACCAUUCAGCCUGUUAAGCACCAGGAGACCCUCCCCGAGAAGCACCACCACAACAUCGUUCCGGUUGCACACAAGACUUUCGACCACGGAAACGAGAGAGAAACCAAGGACACUCUCGACCGGGAACACGCAAAGUUCAAGGACACUUCUACUACUCACGAGACCACUCACACUUCGACCACUGCCCCCGCGGUCACUGGUGAGAGAGUGCACCACCAUAUUCAUGAGCACAUUCAGCCUGUUAUUCAGAAGGAUACUAUCCAGCCUCAUAUUGUUCACACCACUAUUCCCAUUCACGAGACACACCACGCCAAGCCUAUCCACCACGAGGCUACCACUCUCCCUGUAAAGACUCUCGAAGAGUUCACCAGGGAGAAGGGAAGUCUCAUGGACGGCCCUCGUCACCACCGCUACGACGAGUUUGAGGGUUGCCCUGACAAGUACCACAAGGAUCUUGGUAACACUCACCAGUCAGGAAUUGGCCAUAGCCAUGACCACAGCCACGGGGCCGGUAAGGCAGCCGUCGGCACUGCUGCCGCUGGCGGUGCUGCAGUUGCCGCUCACAAGCACCACGAGCACAAGAACGAGCACGAGCGUGGUCUUGACAGCCAUCACCACUCUGGCCCCGGCAAGGGCACCACUGCUGCUGGCACCGCUGCCGCAGGAGGAGCUGCAUUGGCUGCCCACAAGCACCACAACAAUGAGACUGCCACCCACGGCGUGAACGACCGCGGUCUCGGCCACACCGGUCUCGAGAGUCAACGUGUCAACCAGCACAACACUCACUCCGGAUCCGGGGCUGCUACCGCUGCUGCCGGCGCUGCCGCCGCCGGUGCUGCCACCCAUCACGGCCACAACAACACCACCGGCACUCACAACCCCCUCGGCUCCCACAGCACCACUGGUACGCACGGCACCGACAGCCUUGCUGCUGCUCAGGCUGCUAACACUCGUGCCAACAACACAACCGGAACUGGCAACCUGUCCCACAACCAGACUACUGGCCGCGAUAACAUCGCCCACAACCAAACUGUAGGUGACAAGUCCAUCAGCACUGCCCAAGGUAUUAUGCACGGAACUCACCCUACCGGCACCCAGACUUCUGGUAGCAACUACACCACCUCUGGCAGCCCUACCACUGUAACUCACGGUAGCUCAGGCCUGAACAAAUCUGAGCCUCGCUUCGGCUCAACUGGCACUAGCACCAGCCAAAGCGGUGCUGGCAAAGCCUCAACUACUGACCACGCCACGCAUGACACCACUGGAAAGAAGAUUUCGCUUGUUGAUAAGCUGAACCCCUUCAAGGAUGCUGAUGGUGACGGUCACAAGGGCAUUAUGAGUUAA